AUGUCUUCUUUCGAGCCAGUUGUUGUUAUUGAUGGUAAGGGCCACUUGCUAGGUCGUUUGGCCUCGACUGUUGCCAAGCAACUAUUGAACGGCCAAAAGAUCGUCAUUGUCAGAUCCGAGGCUUUGAACAUCUCUGGUGAGUUCUUCAGAAACAAGUUGAAGUACCACGACUUCUUGAGAAAGGCCACCCGUUUCAACAAGACCCGUGGUCCAUUCCACUUCAGAGCUCCUUCCAGAAUCUUCUACAAGGCCGUCCGUGGUAUGGUUUCUCACAAGACCGCCCGUGGUAAGGCUGCCAUGGAGCGUUUGAAGGUCUUCGAGGGUGUCCCACCUCCAUACGACAAGAAGAAGAGAGUUGUUGUCCCACAAGCCUUGAGAGUCUUGAGAUUGAAGCCAGGCAGAAAGUACACCACUCUAGGUAAGUUGUCCACCUCCGUCGGCUGGAAAUACGAGGACGUUGUUUCCAAGUUGGAAGAGAAGAGAAAGGUCAGAUCUGCCGAAUACUACGCCAAGAAGAAGGCCUUCAACAAGAAGGUUCUUGCUGCCACCGCUGCCAACGCCGAAUCGGAAGUUGCCCAAAAAUUGGCUGCUCUCGGUUACUAA